GGGCGCCGGCAGCAGCAGACACUGGAGCGGGCGCAGCGUCCGGCGGAUGGUUUACAUUCUUGGCAUAGCUUCUCCCAACCGCAGGCCGGGGCCCGGGCCUCCUGCUCCUCCUCCUCCUCCAAUGCCUCCUCCUAUCCUGUCAGCCACAGGCAGGCUGCCAGCUCCAGCGAGGAGGAAGAGGAGGGCCCGCUGCCGUCGCCUGGGGCUCCCAGGCCGGCCUUCCACGGCGGCCACUCCUCGGGCAGUGACGAGGACCAAGUCGGUGAGGGCGGCCACCGCCAGGGAGGGAGGCCAAGGCUCAGGCCUGGAAGCUCCCUUUUGGAUCAAGACUGCAGGCUGGACAGUGAUGGGUUAAACCUGGGCAGCAUGGACUCUUCAGGAGGAGCCAGGAGUCCUGAGCCCCCAACAUCUCCAAGAGUCCCUAGCGAGGAGGGGCCUCGAGAACUGGGUACUGGCUCCCCGCCCUGCGUCCCAGGCCCCCAGGAGGGACUGCGGCCUGUGUCUGACACUGUGGGAGGAGCUUUCCGUGUGGCCAAGGUGAGCUUUCCGGCAUACCUGGCCAGCCCGGCAGGCUCCCGCGGCAGCAGUCGCUAUUCCAGCACGGAGACCCUCAAGGAUGAGGACCUGUGGUCUAGCCGUUCUGGGGGCUGGGGCAUGUACCGCUCUCCCAGCUUUGGAGCCGGGGAAGGGCUCCUACGGCCCCAAUCUCGAACCAGGGCCAAGGGACCUGUGGGCGCCACCAGAGCUUUGAGGGAUGGAGGACUGGAGCCUGACAAGAGCCGACAGCGGAAGUCCCUGUCGAAUCCAGAUAUUGCUUCGGAGACCCUGACGCUGCUCAGUUUCCUGCGCUCAGACCUUUCAGAGCUUAGAGUCCGCAAGCCAGGUGGGAGCCCUGGGGACCCUGGGAGCAGCCCCUUAGAUGGCAGAGACUCCCCAUCUGCAGGUGGCCCGAUGGGGAAACUCGGACCCAUGCCUGCCCCAGCCCCAGCAUCACCUGGCAUCCGCCCUACACUGAAGGACUUGACUGCCACCCUGCGGAGGGCAAAGUCUUUUACCUGCUCUGAGAAGCCCGUGCCCCGCCGCCUUGCCCGUGCCAGCGCCCUGAAGCCCAGCUCCUCUGAGCUCCUGUUGGCAGGCCCUGGCGCUGAGGAGGACCCACUGCCCCUGGUUGUCCAAGAUCAGUAUGUGCAGGAGGCCCGCCAAGUUUUCGAGAAGAUUCAGCGCAUGGGAGCCCAGCAGGAGGAUGGAAAUGAUGUCCCCCCUGGAAGCCCUGACUGGGCAGGACACUUGACCUGUGGACAGCGGUCCCAGGAGGAGCUCUCGGGCCCUGAGUCCAGCCUGACAGAUGAGGGCAUCGGAGCAGACCCUGAGCCUCCCGUUGCAGCCUUUUGUGGCCUGAGUACAACCGGGGUGUGGCGACCCCUUUCCUUGUCCUCAGCCCAGACAAAUCAUCAUGGACCCGGGACUGAGGACAGUCUGGGUGGGUGGACCCUGGUGUCCCCUGAGACGCCUCCCACACCAGGUGCCCUCCGCAGGCGGCGCAAAGUCCCACCUUCAGGCCUUGGUGGGAUUGAACUGAGCAAUGGGGAGGCAGGUGAGGCCUACAGGUCCCUGAGUGACCCAAUUCCCCAGCGCCACCGGGCUGCUACCUCUGAGGAGCCCUCUGGGUUCUCUGUGGACAGCAACCUCCUGGGCUCCUUGAGCCCUAAGUCAGGGCUUCCAGCAACCCCAGCCAUGGAUGAGGGCUUGACCAGUGGCCACAGUGACUGGUCUGUGGGCAGCGAAGAGAGCAAGGGUUACCAGGAGGUAAUUCAGAGCAUCGUUCAGGGACCUGGUGCCUUGAGGCGUGUGGAGGAUGAUAGGGCUGCUGGCAAGGCCCCCAAGAAGAAGUCUCUGAGUGACCCCAGCCGCCGUGGGGAGCUGGCUGAUUCUGGAUUUGAGGGCCCCGGAGGGGAGCCCAUUAGAGAGGUCGAGCCCAUGCUGCCUCCAUCCAGCAGUGAACCCAUUCUUGCCGAGCAGAGGCCAGAGCCAGAAGAGCCUAGUCCUGCCAGGGGCCGGGCACAGUCAGAGAGGGUCCUGCCUGAGGCCCCACCAGCCUCUGCUGCCCGUCGCGACUUCCACCUCGACCCCAAGCUGGCGAAUGUUCUGUCCCCAAGGCUCAUCCGCCGAGGAUCCAAGAAGCGCCCAGCCCGGAGCAGUCACCAGGAGCUUCGUAGAGAGGAGGGCAGUCAGGACCAGGCUGGGAGCCCUUCUGGGGCCCGGCCCUCCUCCAAACAUGUUCGCCAUGCCAGCGUGCCCGCCACCUUCAUGCCCAUUGUGGUGCCUGAGCCGCCGGCCUCCAUGGGCCCACCUGUGACUGUACCGGAGCCCAUGGGCUUCCCUGCCCGAGGCCACCCCACAUUGCAGGCACCGUCACUCGAGGACGUCACCAAGCAGUACAUGCUGACUCUUCGCUCGGGUGAGGUCCCUGUCCCAGGGCCUGUGGACAUGCCCUGCUUGACCUCAGUCGCACCACCCUCCACUGAGGCCAAGCGCCCAGAGGCAGCCCGAGCUCCAGAUGAGCCUACCCCAGCCAGCAAAUGCUGCAAGCCACAGGUGGACAUGCGGAAGCACGUGACCAUGACCCUGCUGGACACGGAGCAGUCAUACGUGGAGUCACUGCGCACACUGAUGCAGGGCUACAUGCAGCCACUGAAGCAGCCGGAGAACUCCUUGCUGUGUGACCCGUCGCUGGUGGAUGAGAUCUUCGACCAGAUCCCUGAGCUUUUAGAGCACCACGAGCAGUUCCUGGAGCAGGUGCGACACUGCGUGCAGACCUGGCAUGCCCAGCAGAAGGUGGGCGCCCUGCUCGUCCAGUCGUUCUCCAAAGACGUCCUGGUAAACAUCUACUCCGCCUAUAUCGACAACUUCCUCAAUGCCAAGGAUGCCGUGCGGGUGGCUAAAGAGGCGAGGCCUGCCUUUCUCAAGUUCCUGGAGCAAAGCAUGCGUGAGAACAAGGAGAAGCAGGCGCUGUCUGACCUCAUGAUCAAGCCCGUGCAGCGGAUCCCACGCUACGAGCUCCUGGUGAAGGACCUUCUGAAGCACACACCUGAGGACCACCCGGACCACCCGCUCCUGCUGGACGCACAGCGGAACAUCAAGCAGGUGGCCGAACGCAUCAACAAGGGUGUGCGGAGCGCAGAGGAGGCAGAGCGGCAUGCCCGCGUGCUGCAGGAGAUCGAGGCACACAUCGAGGGCAUGGAGGAUCUCCAGGCCCCUCUGCGGCGGUUCCUACGGCAGGAGAUGGUCAUCGAGGUGAAGGCGAUCGGUGGCAAGAAGGACCGGUCCCUCUUCCUGUUCACGGACCUCAUCGUCUGCACCACCCUGAAGCGGAAGUCGGGCUCCCUGCGGCGCAGCUCCAUGAGCCUGUACACGGCAGCCAGCGUCAUCGACACGGCCAGCAAAUACAAGAUGCUGUGGAAGCUGCCUCUGGAAGAUGCGGACAUCAUCAAAGGAGCAUCCCAAGCCACCAAUCGAGAGAACAUACAGAAGGCCAUCAGCCGCCUGGAUGAGGACCUGACCACCCUGAGCCAGAUGAGCAAGCUCUCAGAGAGCCUCGGUUUCCCCCACCAGAGCCUGGACGACGCACUGCGGGACCUCUCGGCCGCCAUGCACCGGGACCUGUCAGAGAAGCAGGCGCUGUGCUACGCACUCUCCUUCCCACCCACCAAGCUCGAGCUGUGCGCCACACGGCCCGAGGGCACCGACUCCUUCAUCUUCGAGUUCCCCCACCCCGAUGCCCGCCUCGGCUUCGAGCAGGCCUUCGAUGAGGCCAAGAGGAAGCUGGCAUCCAGCAAAAGCUGUCUAGACCCUGAGUUCCUGAAGGCCAUCCCCAUCAUGAAAACCCGCAGCGGCAUGCAGUUCUCAUGUGCAGCACCCACCCUGAGCAGCUGCCCGGAGCCCACGCCCGAGGUGUGGGUGUGCAACAGCGACGGCUACGUGGGCCAGGUGUGCUUGCUCAGCCUGCGCGCCGAGCCCGACGUGGAGGCCUGCAUCGCCGUCUGCUCGGCCCGCAUCCUCUGCAUCGGGGCAGUGCCCGGCCUGCAGCGCCGUAGCCACCGGGAGAGGCCUUCGUCGCUGAGGAGGGCCCCUGAGACCGCACCAGAUCCCUCUGGGUCAGAGCUGGACGUCGAGGCCGCUGCAGACGAAGAAGCAGCGACACUGGCGGAGUCGGGGCCCCAGCCCUGCCUGCACAUCUCCAUUGCAGGCUCUGGCCUGGAGAUGGCGCCAGGCCCUGUCGAGGGCGACCCCCGCCCAGAGCUGGUGCCCUUUGACAGUGACUCUGACGACGAGUCUUCCCCCAGCCCCUCCGGGACUCUGCAGAGCCAGGCCAGCCGGUCCACUAUCUCCUCCAGCUUCGGCAAUGAGGAGACCCCGAGCUCCAAGGAGGCCACGGCAGAGACCACCAGCUCCGAGGAGGAGCAAGAACCUGGCUUCCUGGCGCUGUCUGGCUCCUUCGGGCCUGGAGGUCCCUGUGGCUCCAGCCCAAUGGACGGGCGGGCCCUUCGUCGCUCCAGCCGAGGCUCCUUCACCCGCGGCAGCCUGGAGGACCUGCUGAGCGUCGACCCCGAGGCCUACCAGAGCUCCGUGUGGCUGGGCACUGAGGAUGGCUGUGUCCACGUGUACCAGUCCUCUGACAGCAUCCGCGAUCGCAGGAACAGCCUGAAGCUCCAGCACGCAGCCUCUGUGACCUGCAUCCUGUAUCUGAAUAAUCAGGUGUUUGUGUCUCUGGCCAAUGGAGAACUCAUGGUCUACCAAAGGGAAGCAGGCCGCUUCUGGGACCCCCAGAACUUCAAAUCGGUGACCCUGGGUGCUCAGGGGAGCCCCAUCACCAAGAUGGUGUCCGUGGGCGGGCGGCUUUGGUGUGGCUGUCAGAACCGAGUCCUGGUCCUGAGCCCCGACACGCUGCAGCUGGAGCACACGUUUUACGUGGGGCAGGAUUCAAGCCGAAGUGUGGCUUGCAUGGUGGACUCCAGCCUGGGCGUGUGGGUGACCCUGAAAGGCAGUGCCCACGUGUGUCUCUACCAUCCAGACACCUUUGAGCAGCUGGCCGAGGUGGACGUCACCCCUCCCGUGCAUAGGAUGCUAGCAGGCUCCGACGCCAUCAUCCGGCAACACAAGGCCGCCUGCCUACGGAUCACGGCGCUGCUGGUGUGCGAGGAGCUGCUGUGGGUAGGCACCAGUGCCGGCGUCGUGCUCACCAUGCCCACCUCGCCUAGCACCGUCAGCUGCCCGCGGGCGCCCCUCAGCCCUGCUGGCCUCGGCCAGGGACACACCGGUCACGUCCGCUUUUUGGCUGCUGUCCAGCUACCAGAUGGCUUCAACCUGCUGUGCCCAACCCCACCACCUCCCCCAGACACAGGUCCCGAGAAGCUGCCAUCUCUGGAACACCGGGACUCCCCUCGGCACCGCAGCCUGGCCUCGGCCAAGCCUAAAAUGCUGGUUAUCAGUGGAGGUGACGGCUACGAGGACUUCCGACUUAGCAGUGGGGGUAGCGGUGGCAGCAGCGAGACCGUGGGCCGGGAUGACAGCACGAACCACCUCCUCCUAUGGAGAGUGUGACCCUGUCACUGUGGCCAGACUCUCCCACCCUGCUGCCCACAGCCUACUCACCUUUUCCUAGCCACACGCUGAUGGUGACAGUGUCUGUCGGGGCACCCGUGCCUGCGUGGCUCGCCCAUCCCCCUGGGAGGAUUCCUGC